AAAAAGCACCAUGUCACUCCUGCCAAUGCCAUCACUGUCAUCAUCCUGACUCUGCUCCCCGCCGCUGCUCUCCGCCGCAGUUGCGGCGGCAGCGGUGUGUUUUAAAAAUUCCCCGUACUUUACGCACAAGGAUUCAGAUGGGAAGCCAAGUGUUCCCGCCUGAACUCCGGCCAUUGUUCCCGGCUGUGAGUGCUCCUGAUCAAAACUCAUGGAUGAUUGUCGAUCUCUGGGAGAGGGAGACAGUCCUAUGCUGGAGCCCGAUCUGAAAGAAUCCAUCCUUUUGCGUCCAAACGCUGGAUAUUUGUGAAGAAGAUCUCUACUACAGCGUUCUGGUGUGCGCAGUCCUGUUAAGUUAGUGGUCCCACCCCCCACCCUUUCUCGACCACUGGUGAUUGCCCUGGAUUCUGGCCGCCGCUUUUAGUAAAUCUUGAUGUUACACUUGUCCAGUGACGGUCUAAUAUGAUACAGUACAGUGCGCCCUCAGAGGUUCACCUUCACGAGAUAAUAAAACACAUUAGGAGAAGCAGGAUUAUGAGGUAGACAGUUUUCUACUUGAUUAACUCCAGGCAGGAGUGAGAGGUUUAUUUUAUGGACCAAUUCGAGAGACAACAACCAAUGCAUAAUAGGAUACAUGAUGAUGCCAUUGCCCAUCAUUAACGUUAAUGUGCGCUGCGAUGACAGGGAUGGAGAUAAUGGUUGCAUCCCGUGUCAAUUAUUGGUUUCAAUCAUAAAACCGAUCAUCAGUUGACUUGACUACUGUUUUAAAUGCAUCUUAAAGAUAACUCAUUGUGGUAUUGGGCAGCAUAGCACAGGUCUAUAUUGGACUGGUCCAUAGCAGGCUUCUGUGGUCUGUGGCCUUCUUCCUGAUUCUGUUACAAAUCCUCAGAUGUGUGGAUAUAUGAUUUUAUUUUAUUUGUCAGGUGAGCUCUAUUUGGCCCUAACAUAAAAUAUAUUUCUCCAAGGCCCAAAACAACUGCAAAAUUAUAACUUUCAAAUGACAUGGAGAAAAUAACAUUUAAAAAAAGAGAUUAUUCAUGCUUCCAAUCAUGCUUCCAAGUAUUUGGAAGCAUGACAUAUCAAUUUUUUUAAGAAUGUGAUCUUAUAAUUAUGUAUUAUAUCAAACUAAAUCAACCUGAGAAAGGCACGUUAACAACUGAAUAUACCAUAAGCUCCUCCCCUACUGCAGAGUGCAACAAUUAUGAAGACUUCUCAGCUACAGUGGAUGGAACAUAAAGUCUAUAACAGUCUAUUCUUCCUCUAUACAUGAAUCAUAAUGGCACAUUGGCUUAGGAAUACUUUACCUAUCCUGGCUGCAUGCUAUUUUGGAAUUGUAUAGUGUUUCUCUUUUCUACAUUCUCAUUCUAUGAACCUUAGCAUAUUAUGUAUUAUAAAACCCCAAAAUAUAUAUAUUUCAAUUGCAAACGUGAAGAGGCUGUUGAACAGCAGAGUGGACAUGUUACUGCCCUUGAAGGAGGACUGGUAACACUCAGCUGUAACUACACUACCAGUAGUACAUCUCCUGAUCUCUUCUGGUACAUCCAGUUAACUAGGGACUCUCCUCAGUAUGUCCUGAGAAGAGAUCGUUAUUCAGAAGGGAGCAAUAGUGAUGACUUCAACGAGAGGUUUGGUUCCAGGCUGAAUUUCACAUCUAGCUCUGUCCCCUUGACGAUCCAGAGGUUGCAGCUAUCUGACUCUGCUGUGUACUACUGUGCUCUGAGGCCCACUGUGACAACAGUAGAUUCAGUCACUGUACAAAAACUCAGGGUAGAGUGUUGUUCAGACAAUGUCAGAAGCUUCUCAAUGUUUGACGAUACACAGAAAGAGGAGGAGACAAGGAGUUCAUAGUCUCAUCAUGGUCUAGUUCCAUCAGAGUGGUAUUACUCUUCUCCCACUGAUCUCACAGUAGCAGGUAUGGAACCCUGGCUGAAGAAUAUACUGGUUCUUGCUACAUGUUGUUAUGGUAUGAUAAUAUUUUCCUUAUUCAUUUACUGCCUUUGCUCCCAUUCCUAUUGCUACUAUUAAUAUUAUAUGUUUUUAUUCUCCCAAUCAUGUUGCUUGAUAAUUUUUUCUCCCUAAUGCAAAUGUGUAUUACAUUAUUUUCCAGAAUGCAGAAGAGAAGAGUCAAUCACUCAGCCACCAGGAGAUGUGAUCGCUACUGAGGGAGAACCGGUCACACUGGACUGUCAAUUUGAUACUGUGGAUACAAAUCCAGACCUGUUCUGGUACAAGCAGGGAGCUAAUGAUUUCCCAAAGUAUAUGCUAAAGUGGUUGACCUUUGGAUCAGAUAAUGCCAUUGAAUUCCAGGGGAGAUAUGAUGCCCAUCUCAAUUUAACUACAUUUAAAUCAGCAUCAAAAUCAGUCCCCUUGACGAUCCAGAGGUUGAAGCUGCCUGACUCUGCUAUGUACUACUGUGCUCUGGGGCCCACUGUGACAACAGGAUAUACAGCCCCCUUACAGUACCUAAACAUU